UAGAGCAGGAUAAUGCAAUUAUUAGCUGGUUUUAAGUCUCCCUCAAUGCCAUGAUUCAUUUCUUGUUCGUCCCUUAAUUAUUUCUAACCCUCUUCUCUCUUCUUUGGUCGCUUCAACGAUUGAGAUCUACUUGGUCAAGGCUAAGAUUAAUAAAAAAAACAUAGAGCUACAGUUAGAAGAACUAUCUUCAAGGAAAUGGGAUUUUUUUCCCUACUGGUUGUGGCAAGCAUGCCUGUUCUGCAAUUCUUGCUGAUAGGCUCUCUUGGGGCCUUUCUUGCGUCUGGUGAUAGUCAAAUCUUCUCAGCUAGCGCUCGCCGAGACAUUAACAAGAUUGUGUUUGCUGUAUUCACUCCCUCUCUUAUAUUUGCCUCCCUAGCCAAAACAGUAACACUUCAGGAACUCAUAUCCUGGUGGUUUAUGCCCUUCAAUAUUGCAAUCACAUUCUUCAUUGGCGCCACCCUUGGCUGGAUAGUUGUGAAGAUCUUGAGACCACCAAGCCACCUUGAAGGUCUCAUAGUAGCUAAUUGCUCGGCUGGGAACUUGGGCAAUCUUUUGCUGAUGAUCAUUCCAACAUUAUGCACUGAAGAUGGAAGCCCAUUUGCAAAUCAGAGCACUUGUAGCGCACGCGGGCUCUCUUAUGUUUCAAUGUCUAUGGCGCUUGGGGGUAUAUUCAUUUGGACACAUUCCUAUAGCUUGAUGAAAAGAGAUUGCAUCACGUAUGAGAGGCUAAAGAAUGAAGAGUUGCCGAAGACUAUCAGUGAAGAGAAUGAGAAAACAAGUUUAGAGGAUCAGCUAGGAAAUCACAAGGAGAGUGGAGAAGCAAGCAAUAGUAAGGAUGCUUGGGUGCCUCCAUUAGCUAAAUCAGCUGAUGAAUCCCAAGAGCAAGCAAUUAUGGAACCACUAUUGUCCAGUGGAAAGCUGAGAAGAAACGAGCCUUUCUGUAAGAAAGUAUUAGAAACUGUUCAUCUUCUUGUGAAAGAACUAUUGGAACCACCUACAAUUGCCGUGAUGACUGGCUUUAUUGUUGGUGCAAUUCCUUGGUUGAAAUCACUCAUAAUAGGAAGGACUGCUCCUCUUAGAGUAAUUCAAGACUCUCUUGCGAUGCUAGGAGAUGGCACACUACCUUCUACAACUCUUAUUCUCGGAGGAAACCUUACUGCAGGUCUGAAAAAAUCAGCAGUAAAGCCUUCAGUAAUUUUAGCAAUCGUCUUGGUCAGAUAUGUAGCACUUCCCAUAUCAGGAAUUGCUAUUGUUAAAGCUGCAAACGCUCUUGGUUUACUUCCACAAGAUCCAUUGUUUAGCUAUGUACUUCUCACACAGUUCAGUAUUCCUUCUGCUGUUUCUAUUGGUGUGAUGGCACAGCUAUUUGGAGUUGGGCAGGAGGAAAGCUCUGUUAUAUUCUUAUGGAUAUACUUGGUUGCUGCCUUAGCACUCACCGUUUGGUCAACAGUCUUUAUGUACAUCUUAACAUAGUUGAAAAAUGGAGCUUGCUUGCUGAAGAAAUAUUUAUUAUCGGCAGAUUUUUGAGUUAUAUGAAUGCGGUUGAAAGACCAAGAUGGCAGAAACUUGACAGCAGCAUUGUGUUCUGAAUUUCUUUGAAAGAAUUUUGGUGAAUGAAAACAUAAGAGCUUUUAUAUAAUUUGAACAUCUUGAGAUACUAUUCACCAAGAUGAAAAAUAUUUGUUUGUGUUGUAUGAUAGAUCUGUUAGAGUUUUUGUGAUCCAACUUAAUUCUUUUUAUAUAUUUUCUAUUAUAGUUUUAUAUAAGUGGAUUUUUCUUUAA